AUGCUGCUAGCAUCUGGAGCGGGAUGGGAAUGCGUGAAGGGCGAUCGGGUGUUCCUUCCACCCGCGGGGUCUGGAAACUCCAGGCACUUCUUCUUCCAGAUUUCCAAUCCAGAUCUUGUGGUGGACAACGAUGGUAUCGCCUUAUGCCCGGGCAUCCGAGUGCCACGGAAAUGGCUGAAAAAGAAGAAGGAACUUCGGGUUUUGAUUGUGGGUGCAAGUGGUUUCCUUGGUAGCCAACUUGCUUUGGGAUUGGCGGCACACAAUCAUCGUAACCUCCGAUUUGUGGUGACAGGUUUGGAUUUGGUGCGUUCAGAGAGGACUCUUCUUCUGGAGAACAAGGGCAUUGAAGUGAUUAUUGGAAGUGCAACAUAUCCAAAGCUGGCCAUGGCAGUGACGAAAAGUAAAAAGCCAAACAUUGUGGUGGAUUUUACACAACAGGAGCAUAGCUGGAAUUUAGAGGACAAUGAAAGAACUAUAAAGUCAUUGAUUGAUGCGGCAUGCAGUAUUCCAUCAACACAAGGUUUCUUUUUUGCAAGCCCUAAUCGGUUCUACAUACCAUCAAGCCGGUCCGGGGAAAAGCUGGUGGAAUCUUUGGCACCAGAGCUACCAUUUCCAAUUGUGGAGUGGAGGUUUAGUACAGUUUAUGGGAGAUACGGUCGUCCUGACUUUCCAUACUAUAAAUUUGUUGAUCAGAUUGUGCAUGGGGCAUUGGUUCCACUCUGGAAGCAACGGAAAGGGCGACAAAAUUAUAUAUACAUUAAUGAUGCAGUGACUGUUAUGAUCAAUAGUAUCUUAUCAACUCACAGCAUUGGAAAGGUGAAUCUUUUUGACAUUGGGACACCAUGGCGGCCUAUCCCUUUUCGACGAGUGAUUCAAGUUAUUGCAAGGCUUACCAACAAGGAAGCUAAGGUUGAAGAAGCAAUGAAUUUUAAUCCGCCACCCUGGGAGGUACCUUAUGAACCUCCAACAAAGCUCUUGCUCCUUAAAUCGUAUACUCCAUUUGAGACUGGUAUGAGCUCAUUCAUAGAAUGGUUCCAGCAAAAUAAGAUGGUUGUAGGAGUGAAGGAUGUUGUCUAG